GCCAAACAACAAAGUCCUUCCACCACUUCUCUCUGUGUCCAAAAAUAACCCGGCGCACACACACACACACACACAACGAUGAUGGCGUUUGGUGGCUGGGUUGGCGUGUCGAUCAGCGUGGUGCUGCUGCUGCACGCCGCAUACUCCGCGAGUAGAUAUCACAGCUAUCUCAAGAUCAAUCAUGAGGAGUUUGAGUCCCUUCCCAUCGACAUUGUGGUGCAGACGGUAGCCGCCAUGAUUGUUGGCAUGGUUGCCAUUGUUGCACUCAACACAAACUUUGCCGAUAUCCACCUCACAUCCCGCCUCAAGAGCAAGACGUGGGAGACGGCGUGUCCGAAAGCAGCCUUCCGCACCUUCCACAACACCCGUCACUCCUUGAUCCACAACAAGGCGCAUUGAGAGCCGGUGGCCCCCCCCCCCGCGCGCAUCCACGUGCCUUGUUUCCACUCCUCCGUGCUCUCUGUCACAUCAUGCCUGUCUAUCUGAGAAUCAAUUCAACUCACAUAGCCUUGACGCAUGCGCAACUCACCUGUCCCAGCAUUUCACAUGCCCCCCCCCCCUCGUGAAUACACGCUCUCCUACCAUCUCAAACAGGCACUCCCUCUGCAGUCGUUAGCUCUAUCUCUCUCUCUCUCCCUCGCGCACGUCAGCGUCCAUGCCUCAUCUUGUCUUGUCUGCCCCUCCUCUUCUUCCUCACUGCCACAUUGAAUUGUCACGUCGUGUUCCAAUACAAGCAAGCGUG